AUGGUGUCACAAUACAACACCCGCAGGAAAUCGCUGUCCUUGCCGUCGUUGGGCAUCGCGCUCCCUGGACGAUCCGCACGUUCUCCAACAACGACCGACAGCCAGCCCGUCGCAAAGAGGCAGAAGCGCUCACAUUCCGGCUCGACAUCCUCUUCACCGAACUCUCCGCCACGAUUAUCCACGUUACGCUUCGACGAGCGCCCCAAGACCAGCGCAGGCCGCGUGGCCAACACGCCGCCGCCGUCGCCUGGCGAGUCCAAGAUCGAUACCCAAGGCAUCGAUGAUAUUAUCGUCGUCGGUGUGAUCGAGCAGCUCGAGAAGACGGGUAAUCGCCCCCAUUUGCUCAAAGAACUCGCCACUGUCCUCUCCCCAAUAAUACCCAUCGUUGAAAGCUCCGCGAAUCCUGCAGCCAUCAUCUCAUCUCGCCUCGCGACGUACCUCAAGCGCAACUGGUCCGCGCUGUCACGGUGUCCGCUCGACAAGAAGCUCGUCGGCACCCACCCCAAGCGCGUGUACUACUUCCUCACCACCAGCCCGCACCAGCCCAUACCGGAGGACGCAGGCAACAUCCCCGCUGCUGCGCGCAUCAUCUCGCCGUCGCUUUCCUCGGCUGCAUCUGACGACAACGAUGCAGACUCGCAUGCGCGCGAUGUGAGGUCUCCCUCACCGGAGCUUGACCUCUCCGACUACGACGAUGCAGCUAGCGAUCCGUUCACUAAUGCGACCCACCAACCUACGACCCACAACAUCGCGCAUAACCGACGUGCUCAGUCGCCGCCGUUGGAAAAGGACGAGCGCGAGUUCACACUGACGGCGUCAUCAUUGCAAGAGCGGAGGAGAAGUGCGCAGGCUGAGCGCGAGCGUUCAGCCAGCGCUACUGUUGAGAACAUGCAGCCAGCCGACGUAACCAUGGACGACAUCCCCGAACUCGUAGAAUCCGAGGAGAGUGCCGCGCGCAAGAACUCGGAGACUGCGGCUGCUUUAUUUGGACAAAUGCAGCAUUCGACGUUCGACCCAGUGCUAGGCAUCAGCAGUCCGCUUCUCAAGUCGUCGCUCAACAUCGAGAUGCCCCCGCCAGUCUUCAAGGCCGGCGAGUCGUGGUCUGGAAACGACGACGAGGAGUGGGCGCUGAAGAGCCCGGAGAACAUCGAGCUCGAUGAGCUUGACGACUUGUUUGGCAACUACUAG